GGUUAUAAAUUUGUAUAUUUUCAACACUUAAUACACUAAAGAGAUACAGCAUGAUUGACGAAUACGAAUCGAUGAGGUGAAUUUGACUGUUCUAGAGCUUGAGAAGGAGAGCGGAAAGAGUGACCGCUCUCUCGUAUUGAGAACAAGUAAGUUUCGUUCUUGUGUGAUUAUGGAGGAAAGCUCGGUAUGGGUGUGUCUUUUGAACUAAGAAAACGGAAUCGUUGCUCACACUUUUCGUUAGCAAAGUGAGGGCAACGAUCUGCGAUGAACAUUGGUUAUAGCCAACGUGAACAAAUGACGAUUAGAGGAGGAAGCCUCCGAUCGGCGUGACUCGGGGUCGACUUUAUUCAUAGGAAAAAUCGGCUUUUCUGUUAGACACUUUUCCACGUUUUCCGUUAGGUGACUACCUGCUUUCUCCGUAAUUUGUAAGAACGUAUAGUAAACCAAAGGGUCUUUAAAAAGCCGUUAUAGACAUAUAUUUAUGGGAUUAGGAAUUCCUUUAAGGCAAACAUGUAAAUUGAAAACAUAUGUCGGAGAAGGAUUUGAAGUAUGGACGUCUGAUGAACCUUCACUCGAAUUGACCAUCGUGCUUAUGUAUUCUCGCUGAUCGUUAUUAGUUCCGAGGUGAUGAUUACAAGAGGUUACAGGUAAUGGCGGCAAUCGGACAAACAAGAGAUCAAUGACAAUGAACUUAGGUUCGAUACGAAUCCACGGCCACGGGAAGACGAAUCCGAUAUGAUACACGAUCCUGGUGUGACUGCACGUACAAGUCGUAAUGACUCUCUCAAUAACUAACUCCAUAACUUUCUCGAUAACUAACUAACUGAUCCCCGUACAAAUGGAACUGCCCUUAUAUAGUCUUCUCCUCACCUCUCGAGUCAAUCUUUGUUUUUAAGGAGAGCUGUAUAAUUAUUCCAUACCUCUGUUGUUACAUGUCCGUCCCGUGACCGCAGCUACGUUUGGCGACUCAUAAUUUCACCUCGAGCCCAAGCCUAUCGUCAUAAACCCUGAGUACAUAUAAUCGGAUUAGCGUCUUACAAUAAUUUCCUAUUUUUAUUGCUUAUUGGUUAAGCUAUUUAAGUAGUUGGCAGGCCCGCGCAAGUUGUGAGGGCAAUACCAAUAAUAAUGCGGCUACAUCAACACAAUUAUAAUAUGGACACAUACACGCAUAUACAGGCAAUAAUAAUAAUAUCUAAUCUACAAUUUUGUACAAAAUAUAGGAAGAAAGUGCAUAUAUGAUACCAAAUAUAUGUUUGUGUAUAACGCGAAAACUAAAAUCGAUCACUCCACAUAUGUAUAGGAAAAAAUUGUUCAGAAUGGUGAUCUUGACAAAAUAUUUCAAGGAUAUCAAAAUCGACAAGGAGAAGAUGGCACUAUAAUAUCACGUAAUGACCGCAACCUUAGCGUGUUGCAAGUUACCUAUCCAGUAUCGAACUCUGCAUCGCAAGUUACGGUUAUAAGUGUACUCGGAGUUUGUUAUUCAUUUGAUUGGUGUGCUGUAUGUGUUUAUAUUGGUUUCUUGUGUAAAAACUACAAAAUUUUCAUAAUGAGUGCUGAGGAAGAAGUGCUACGGAUUCAGAAAAAAUUAAACAAGAUGUCGAGCGGAGACGGGACGGUGAGUAAGGGCAAGAACAAGCAUUGGAAUUACUUAAAAUAUUACAAAAGUUGCCUGUGGAUUUGGAACUUUUGACCAAGACACGCAUUGGAAUGACAGUGAAUGCAUUGAGAAAAUCAAGCAGAGACGAAGAAGUUAUAUCGUUAUCCAAAACUCUUAUUAAAAAUUGGAAGAAAUUUUUAUCUGGGUCCAAUAAAGAAAAAGAUUCUACUUCUUCAAGCAGUUCAAAGAAGAAAGAUGAUAAAUCAGAGAAAAGCAAAGAUGAUGGAGAACAGAAAAAAGAAAAGGACAAUGCAGAUGGAAAUGAUGUUAAAAUGAAGGAAGAGAAACCUCAUAAAGAUAUUCAAAGAAAACAGUCUACGUUUCCUGCUCCUACAACCACAGAUGCUGUAAGGCUUAAAUGUAGAGAACUACUGGCAGCAGCUUUAAGAGUAGAUGGAAAUACAAUUGAUGGCUGUGCUACUCCAGAGGAAUUAGCAGAAGAACUCGAAGAAGCAAUUUAUGCAGAAUUUAAAAAUACUGAUAAUAGAUAUAAGAACAGAGUGCGAAGCAGAGUCGCUAAUUUACGUGACGCAAAAAAUCCUAAUCUUCGAACAAAUUUUAUUGCUGGUGCUAUAACACCUGCUAGGCUUGCUGUUAUGACUGCAGAAGAGAUGGCAAGCGACGAAAUAAAACAAUUAAGGGAACAAUUUAAAAAGGAAGCAAUUAAUGAUGCACAACUUGCUACAGUACAAGGAACGAAAACUGAUCUAUUAAAAUGUGGAAAGUGUAAAAAACGUAAUUGUACUUAUAAUCAAGUACAAACACGUUCAGCUGAUGAACCUAUGACUACUUUUGUGUUAUGCAACGAAUGUGGAAAUCGAUGGAAGUUUUGCUAAAUAUCCUUACCUUCCACAGUUUUUUCUGAUUGCAAUGGAGAGGAAAAUGUAUUUCGUUCAAGACCUACCUAUUAUUAAUCAUUAUUAUUAGAGUUAAAGAAACUCAGUGCAAAUAUAUUGCAUAUUUACAAUUCACAGAUUACAUUGGAUGCUUAAUGAUGUUUUUAGUUUUUCCACAAGUUCAAAAACUAUGUCAGUUUUCAUUCAAUUGUAUAUACUCAUAUUUGAUUGAUUUACCAGAGGUCUCAUAGGAUUUAAAGAUUAAAGGCUCGUAGAAGUUUUAUAGGACCUAAAACAUAUUAACAAAGAAUUCAUUAAAUUAAACAAAUUGAAUGAUACAUGUUCUUAUUUUGUGUAUAUACAGCAUUGUCGUUGUUAAAAAAUUCGGAUAUGCGACUAACAUUAAAAUAAAAAUAUUUCGUUUUAUAUUGUACGAGGUUACAUCAUAUUUUAUCUGUGAAAAAUUAGAAAUUGUGGGUACAGUUCUGAAAUACACGUAUGUAAUUA